CCCUCCUUUGGAAAGCCACGCUGGUGUGGCAGUCAAGGUGACUGAUAAAGCCAUGCCCAGCUUUGGCCAGCAUUUCUACACUGCUUUUGUGGCUGAAAACAUGACGCCUGGAACAGCACUGCUGACAGUGGAAGCCAAAGGGGCCCAUCCGCUUGUCUUCACUUUGGCCAGUGACCACUUCGCCAUUGAUCGUGCCACAGGUGUGCUGUCCCUCGUGGAGCUGCUGGAUUACGAGAGUCAGCCACGACAUGAGCUGCAGGUGAGGGCCACUGACUCCGUGAGCGGUGCCCACUCUGAGGUGCCCGUCACCAUAAACGUGCAAGACGUCAAUGACUGUGCGCCACUGUUUGAGCAGAGCUGGUACAAUGUGAGUGUGUCUGAGGCCACCCCCGUGGCCAGUCCUCUUCUGGAGGUGCGUGCCAGUGACCGGGAUGGGCCCCAGCUGGAGCUCAGGCUGGCGACAGACUACGACACCUUCCUCCUGGAGGCACCAGGUGUGCUGCGACUGCGUGCGCCCCUGGAUCGAGAGGCACAGCCAGUGCAUCGGCUGCAGGUGGUGGCAUCGGACUCGGGCCACCCUGCACCACUGAGUAGCACGGCCCGCAUUUGGGUCACUGUGAUCGACAUGAAUGACAACCCACCUGCCUUUGCACAGCCGGCCUACACUGCGGUCGUGGACCAGCGGUCUCAUAAGGGUCAAUUCAUCGCAAGGCUGCUCGCCAUGGAUCCUGAUGUCUCAGACCAGUUGUCCUAUGCUAUGGUUACUGGCAAUGAGGCACAGCUCUUUGCCAUCAACCAAUCAACAGGAGUGGUGACAGUGUCCAGUGUGCCCCCUGCGUGGCCUCCGGCUGGCUUUGAGCUGAACGUUUCCGUCACUGAUGGGGUGUACCAGAGCUACACUCAGUUGCGGCUGGUGGUCAGGGCAAGCAACGAGCACUCGCCCCAGUUCAGUCAGACUGUGUACGAGGCAGUGGUAGCUGAGAACCUGCCGGCGGGUGCUCGAGUGGCACAGGUGUCCGCCACCGACCCUGACCAAGGAGUGCUGGGCCAGCUGACGUAUGCCAUCCGCAGCCGCCACUGUGCACUGCACUUCCGCAUCAACAGCACCACAGGUGAGCUGGUGACCCAGGAGCCCUUGGAUCGUGAACGUCGCCACCUCUACGAGAUCCCGGUGUCUGCAACAGAUGGGGGUGGCCGGCUUGCAUUUGCUGUGGUUCGUGUGGCUGUUACCGAUGUUAAUGAUAAUGAGCCUACAUUUGGUGCAGCGGAGUAUGAAGUCAGCAUAUGGACCAACACCAGCGUUGGCACCACCUUGCUCAAGGUUCGUGCUUUUGAUCUGGACCAAGGAAACUGGCUGCGAUACAGCCUGCACGAAGCCCCAAGCAAUAUCAGUGCAAUAUUCAAUAUCACCCAUGACUCGGGAGAGCUUUACCUCAAGGCACCACCUAAAGGUGGUGGCGUGUUCCAGUUCUUUGUUCAUGUCAGCGACCAAGGUGAGCCACAAGCCCACUGGGCUGUGGCACCUGUCACGGUGGCUGUGGUGUCGCCACUGGAAGAGCUCCCUUCACUCGACGUUCCCACACGCGACCUCUUUGUUCAAGAGAGUGCGCCUCUGGGCAGCCAUGUGCUGGCACUGCCACCUGGCUCCACACUGACAGGACCCUCGGAGUUCAGCAUUGAUGCCCAAGGUAACCUGGUGGUGGCUGCACCACUGGACCGGGAGCAUCAGAGCACCCAUCAUUUAACCCUGCGCAAGGAGGUGUCUCGUGGCUUGGCCACAGCCUUUGAUGUCACAGUGCAUGUCUUGGAUGACAAUGAUUGUGAACCUGUGUUCGAUGUGUUGGCCUAUAAGACUGCAGUGGCUGAAAAUGCUGAGCAGGGCUGUGUGGUGGCUCGGCUGAUGGCACAUGACCUAGACUUGGUGCUGCGGAAAGUGACGUACGAAUUUUACGAGGACACUGACCCAGCAGCGGAAAUCUUCUGGGUGGACCCAUUGAGCGGGGUUGUCACUACUCGGGUGGCACUUGACAGGGAGGCCGUGCCUUUCUACAACUUCACGGUGAGGGUGCGUGAUGAUGGUCUCCUGUCCUCCUCAGCCUGGGUCUACGUCGAGGUGCUGGACGUCAACGACAACCCCCCUGUGUUUGAGCACUCCCGCUACCAGCUGCAGGUGCCUGAAGACGCCAUUGCAGGCACUGUGGUAGCCACCCUUCGUAUUGAGGAUGCCGAUCGGGAGACGGCUCCUGUUGGAUUUUACGUCCUCUCGGGUGACCCUGGCCAGCAGUUUGCAGUGCGAAGUAGUGGUGAUGUUUUUGUGCAAAGGCUUCUGGACAGGGAGGCACUGCAGAACUACACCCUCAAAAUGGUGGCCACUGAUGGCUUCCAUGUGGCCACAACUCAACUAGAAAUAACCGUCCUGGACAGCAAUGAUAAUCCACCCAUCUGUCUCAAGUCCAAGUACACGGAGCUCGUUUCAGAGAGCAUUGCUGUGGGCACUGCUAUCCUGACUGUUGAAGCCACUGAUGCGGAUGAUAGUAGCCAGCUGCACUUCUACCUGUCAGGCCAAGGAGCUGAAGACUUUGUUUUAGAUGCAAGCAGUGGUGUGCUGCACACAUCACGACCGCUGGACCGGGAACAGCGGCCACACUACUUCCUUGUUGCCCACGUUCGCGAUGUGGCUCGCUGGGAGUGGCAGUGCAACAGCAGCAUUGAGGUGUUGCUGAGCGACGUGAACGACAACCCGCCAGUGUUUGGCCAGAAGGCCUACGAGCUGGCCUUGCCUGAGGACACGCCGGCCGGCCGCCUAGUCGCCCACGUGCACGCCUUGGACCGCGACUUGGGUGUGAACCGGCGGCUGAGCUAUUCAUUUGUUCAAGCGGACGGCCAUUUCAGCGUGGAUGCGCACUCGGGGCUAGUGCGGUUGGAGCAGCCGCUUGACCGUGAACAGUGCGCUCGCUUCAACCUCACGGUGCAGGCCCAAGACCAUGGCCAGCCCCCACUGGCUUCCCGGAUGCACCUGUCGAUCACUGUGCAGGACAUCAACGACAGCCCACCCGAGUUCACUCAGCAGGUGUAUGCCGCUGCCGUGUCAGAAGUGGCUCCCGUUGGAUCGCCCAUCAGUGCGGCUGUCAAGGCCACCAGCCGUGAUGUGGGUGUCAAUGCUCAGAUCACGUACGCUCUUGUUGCUGGCAAUGAUAUGGGGCACUUCAGCAUCGAACCCAAGACAGGUGUGCUGCGAGUGGCCCGCCCACUGGACUACGAAGAGACGCCCAGCUAUCAGCUAGCAGUGGAGGCUCGUGAUGGGGGCGAGCCACCGCUCAGUGCUCGUGCCUGGCUCAAUGUGUCCGUCUUGGAUGCCAAUGACAAUGCGCCCGUGUUCGGGGGACCCUACAGUGCCACCGUCACGAGGACGCGUCCCGGGUCAGCUUGUGCUCCAGGUGCGGAGUGA